CCUAACGCAGUGGAGGGCCGGAGUCCGGCGCCGUGGGGACAGCCCCGAGAUGCCGAAAGUCCCUGGCCCGCUUCCUCCUGUGAAGACGUAGCUGCGGGUGGCUGUGGUGGUGGCGUCCAAGAUGUCGACCAAGAAUUUCCGAGUCAGUGACGGGGACUGGAUUUGCCCCGACAAAAAAUGUGGAAAUGUAAACUUUGCUAGAAGAACCAGCUGUAAUCGAUGUGGUCGGGAGAAAACAACUGAAGCAAAAAUGAUGAAGGCUGGGGGUACUGAAAUAGGAAAAACACUUGCAGAAAAGAGCCGAGGCCUAUUUAGUGCUAAUGACUGGCAGUGUAAAACUUGCAGUAAUGUAAAUUGGGCCAGAAGAUCAGAGUGUAACAUGUGUAAUACUCCGAAGUAUGCUAAAUUAGAAGAAAGAACAGGAUACGGUGGUGGUUUUAAUGAAAGAGAAAAUGUUGAAUAUAUAGAAAGAGAAGAAUCUGAUGGAGAAUAUGAUGAAUUUGGACGUAAAAAGAAAAAAUACAGAGGAAAGGCAGUUGGUCCUGCCUCUAUAUUAAAGGAAGUCGAAGAUAAAGAAUCAGAGGGAGAAGAAGAGGAUGAGGAUGAAGAUCUUUCUAAAUAUAAAUUAGAUGAGGAUGAGGAUGAAGAUGAUGCUGAUCUCUCAAAAUAUAAUCUUGAUGCCAGUGAAGAAGAAGAUAGUAAUAAAAAGAAAUCUAAUAGACGAAGUCGCUCAAAGUCUCGAUCUUCACAUUCACGAUCUUCAUCACGCUCAUCCUCCCCCUCAAGUUCAAGGUCUAGGUCCAGGUCCCGUUCAAGAAGUUCUUCCAGUUCGCAGUCAAGAUCUCGUUCCAGUUCCAGAGAACGUUCGAGAUCUCGUGGGUCGAAAUCAAGAUCCAGCUCCAGGUCCCACAGGGGCUCUUCUUCCCCACGAAAAAGAUCUUAUUCAAGUUCAUCAUCUUCUCCUGAGAGGAACAGAAAGAGAAGUCGUUCUAGAUCUUCUUCACCUGGUGAUCGCAAAAAAAGACGAACAAGAUCACGGUCACCUGAAAGCCAGGUGAUUGGUGAAAACACUAAACAACCCUGAGCCCAGGGCCAACCCCUUCGGAACACCACUACUUUACCCAGGCGCCACAGGUCAUCUUCUGGAUCGUCCCAUUCUGGUUCCCGUUCAAGUUCAAAAAAGAAAUAAUGUAUUAAAAAUUACAUCUUAAAAAAAAUAUCCAGUACAGUGCAUGAAGCAUAUUUUUUAAGAAGUUGAUGUCUUACUUGGUCAGAAGUGCUAAAUCUGCUAGUAGAGGUGCAUGCCUUUAUUGCUUUUCAGAAUAAUACAACUGUGUUUAUUUGUGAAAUUAAAAGUAAAUUGCAUUUUAAGCCAUAAUGUCCCAAAAUAGAUGGUCUAUUAUUCAUUAUUUACAACCAUUUGCUUCAUUUAAAACCAUCUCAGCAUAACAAAGUACCUUUGUUUCCUAAUUUAAAUACUUAUUUCUAAAUAUAUUCUGUCUGUUGGCUAAGACAGGAUUAAGUAGGCUUGCCUGUACCUUGGGCAUAGAGGCAAGAGUGGUAAACUCAUUGGAAACAACCUUUUUAAUGUUGUUAUUAACCUAUAUCAGAGUAAUUCUUACCAGGACAAGUUUAAGUUGUAAAGCAGCCUACUGGAAACUUCUUUAUUUGAAAUUCGCUAUGCUGAGGGUGCCUUAGAAUCAUUGUCUCUCUUUAUGCAGCUUCACACCAGUUUUGCACCACCACAUUUAUGCAAAAGAAUCUUGUGAUUUGAAGAAGGAGAAAGGUGGUGUUCAUUUCCUUUAUGAACCAUAUUGGGGCAAGAAAGUCCAGUUCAUCUGUUCUCUACUAAUAUGGUUGCCUGAUUUUUUUUUUUUUAUCUCAAAAUGUUUGUCUCAAAAGUUUAAGAGGCUUUGUGUGAUAUCCUUUAAAGAUCUAGUAUCAAAUAUGAUAGGGUAGAAAAGGCUAAAUCAUAGUUAAUGAGCAAAUUAAAGAAAGCUUUUGAACUGUAUAUCCCUUUCAAUGAAAGACCAACAGAGACAUUGUGAAUUCAAAUAUUUGCCUUGAUGUUUAAGCACAUUACAUAAAAUUUUCUUCUGGAUAACAAGUGAGUGCUUAUUUCUGCAUGAUAUAAGCAAAAUUUUAUUUUUUUUCCUAUUCACUUGAAAUAACUUAUGGCUUAAAAUGCUCUUAGCGUUUUGUUUCUCAGAAUUAAAAUCUGGUCACUUGAGCUCUAUUUGGUUUUCUGGUUUAAAAAAGGUUUCUCUUAACAGUGUCUUCAGUGACAAUGCAAGGUAAGUAUUAAAGGAAAUCAAAAAUUGUGCUUGGGGGCUUUUUGUUAUGGGAUACUGCUUUUGUUUUUGUUUCUGUUUUUGUUUUUUCUUUUUCCUUAACAUUGUCUGCUGCAAUUUAAAUAAAAUUUUAAACAUUUUAAGGUAUUUAGUAGACAGACCAAACAAAAUUACAUUUGUUUAUUUUAAAUGUUUUUCUCUUCAACCAAUCUAAAAACAAAAUACCUUAUGUAGAAAUAUUUUCAUAAUAUUUUUACUACAAGCUUUCCCAUGUUUUUUAUGUCUUAAUUUUCCUUGCUACGUUUACUGUAGGUUGCACAAGAAUUUUACUCUCUUGUAAUUGUGCCUCAGACUUUUUGGAAGUCCACCUUCUAAAUUGCCCAGAUGAUGAUCUAGAUUCUACAUGUUACAUUGGUUUAUUCUUGUGCUCUCUUGUAUUUAAAACUUUGGCUGUACUAAGCAAAUGCAAGGUUAUAAAUUUAGCUAAUAGGAGUUUACAGACAAUUCAAAUGAUUAUGAUUUCUUGGUUUAACUGAGCUGUACUAGUUCAUUUCAUAAGGAAAUGAUGCUGUAGACAAAUGUAAAUAAAGUCUGUGAGUCAAGCAUCAA